AUGGAAGGGUUUGAUGAUCCUGGAGUAUUUUUUUCUGACAAUUUUGGUGUAGAAGAGAAUGAAUCACAAGAUCAAAUUAACUUGCAGGCUGUAAAAAAAAAGUUUAAAGAAUUCAUUAGACAAUUUCAUACAGGAAAUUUUAAUUUUAAAUACAGGGAUGCACUCAAACGAAAUUACAACCUCAACCAGUAUUGGGUCGAAAUAAACAUUGAAGAUCUGUCCAGUUUUGAUGAGAUUCUAGCAGAGAAAUUGUAUAAAAAACCAUCAGAACAUUUGCCAAUUUUAGAAGAGGCAGCUAAAGAGUUGGCAGAUGAACUCACUGCACCUAGACCUGAAGGUGAAGAAAAUGUUGAAGAUAUACAAGUCUUAUUAUCAUCUGAUGCAAAUCCUUCCAGCUUACGAGAGCUUAAGUCUGAAACAGUUUCACGGCUUGUGAAGAUACCAGGUAUUGUUAUAUCAACAUCGGCAAUAAAAGCGAAGGCGACAAAAAUAUCCAUACAAUGCCGCUCCUGUCGCAAUAUCAUACCUAAUUUGCCUGUGAAACCUGGUCUAGAGGGAUAUGUUAUGCCUAGGAAAUGUAAUACAGAACAAGCUGGUCGACCAAAAUGUCCCUUGGAUCCCUUCUUCAUUAUUCCAGAUAAAUGUAAAUGCAUUGAUUAUCAGGUGCUAAAACUUCAAGAGACUCCAGAGAGCAUCCCGCAGGGUGAAAUGCCGCGCCAUUUAACCGUGUACUGUGAACGCAUGCUGUGCGAGAGGGUCGCGCCCGGCGCUCGCGUUACUGUACUCGGCAUUUAUUCCAUCAAAAAAAUUGCCAAAAUUGGGAAAGAAGGCCGUGAUAAAGGAUCCGUCGGUGUUCGCUCAUCUUACUUACGUGCUGUAGGAUUGACAGCAGAAGAAGGCGUCACAGGUGGUCUCCGGCCAUUCACAGCUGAGGAAGAGGAACAGUUUCGUAGAUUGGCAGCAUCCCCAGAUAUAUACGACAGAAUUGCAAAAUCUAUUGCUCCCAGUAUUUUCGGAGCUGUUGAUAUGAAGAAAGCUAUAGCCUGUUUAUUAUUUGGAGGGUCACGUAAGAGGCUACCAGAUGGUCUGACCAGGCGUGGGGACAUCAACAUUCUGCUUCUUGGAGACCCUGGUACAGCCAAAUCCCAGUUGUUGAAGUUUGUAGAAAAAGCUGCGCCUAUUGGAGUAUACACCUCUGGCAAAGGUUCAAGUGCUGCGGGUCUUACAGCAUCUGUUAUUCGAGACCCUGCGAGUCGUAACUUCGUAAUGGAGGGCGGUGCGAUGGUGUUGGCAGACGGUGGCGUGGUGUGCAUCGACGAGUUCGACAAAAUGCGCGAAGAUGAUCGUGUCGCUAUACACGAGGCUAUGGAGCAGCAGACUAUUUCCAUUGCUAAGGCCGGAAUAACAACAACUUUGAACUCACGUUGUUCUGUUUUGGCUGCGGCGAACUCAGUUUUCGGCCGAUGGGACGACACUAAAGCUGACGAUAAUAUUGACUUCAUGCCCACCAUUCUUUCAAGAUUUGAUAUGAUUUUCAUUGUAAAGGAUGAACAUGACCAAAACAGAGAUAUUACGCUCGCGAAACACAUAAUAAGUGUGCACAUGGGCGGCAACAGCGCAGAGCGCGCUGCGGGGGCGGGCGAGCUGCCGCUGGCGCUGCUGCGGCGCUACGGCGCGUACUGCCGCGCGCGCUGCGGGCCGCGCCUGGCCGCCGCCGCCGCCGAGCGCCUGCGCGCGCGCUACGUGCUCAUGCGCACCGGCGCCGACCGCCACGAGCGCGCCGCCGACAAGCGCCUCUCUAUACCCAUCACUGUCAGACAACUUGAAGCUAUAGUGCGGAUAUCAGAGUCUCUGGCCAAGAUGCAGCUCCAGCCAUUUGCAACGGAAGCUCAUGUAACAGAAGCUUUACGUUUAUUUCAAGUGUCCACAUUAGACGCUGCUAUGACUGGAAGUCUAGCAGGUGCCGAGGGCUUCACUACUGAGGAAGACCAUGAAAUGCUUUCACGCAUAGAGAAGCAACUAAAGCGGAGAUUCGCCGUCGGUUCACAAGUUUCCGAACAGACUAUCAUCCAAGACUUUAUUCGGCAAAAAUAUCCCGAGAGGGCUAUACUCAAAGUGAUACACACAAUGAUUAGACGCGGCGAACUCCAACACAGACUUCAGAGGAAAAUGCUUUACCGACUUUCCUAA